CAUCAAAGGCUUCAAACUUUGUUAUUCGUUUAAUGAUCAGCUAAAAACCCACUGAUUAUCCUACAAUAAAGAUUGAUUUGAUCCAAAUAAUCCACCCCAAAAAAAAUGGGUUUUUGUUUCUCUUCAAGACCCUUCUUCUUCCUUCUCAUUUCAUCCCUUGUUUUGUUUCCAAAUCUCGAGCUUUCUCCAAUGGCGGAAUCUGGUUCAGAGAUAACAACUCUGGUCUACAAAGGAUGUGCAAAGCAGGCAUUCACGGAUCCAGCCGGGCUAUAUUCCCAGGCUCUUUCGGCUAUGUUUCAGACGUUGGUUUCACAGUCCAUGAAGCUUAAGUUCUACAAGACAACGACAGGGACAGCUCAAACCACCAUUAAUGGUCUGUUCCAGUGUAGGGGAGACCUGAGCAGCAACGAAUGCUACAGCUGUGUCAGUCGGCUCUCGAGUUUAUCCGACAAACUCUGUGGCAGCAGAACCAUUGGUUCAAGGAUCCAACUUCAUGGCUGCUACAUGUUGUACGAGGUUGCUGGCUUUGCGCAGAUUUCAGGCAUGCAAAUGCUGUUCAAAACUUGUGGUGCCGGUGGUGCCGCCGCUAACGGCGGUGGAAAUGGAUUUGAAGAGAAAAGGGACACUGCAUUUUCGUUCCUGGAAAAUGGGGUUGUCACCAACCAUGGAUUCUUCGCCAUGAAUUACCAAUCCGUUUAUGUUUUGGGGCAGUGCGAAGGUGAUGUUGGUGAUUCAGAUUGUGGUAAUUGCAUUAAGAGUGCAGUCCAAAGGGCUAAAAUCGAAUGCGUCACAUCGAAGUCGGGUCAAAUUUAUCUGCAUAAGUGCUUCAUUACCUAUGCUUAUUAUGCCAAUGGUUUGCCUAAAAGAUUACCUUCGUCUUCGUUUUCAUCUUCUUCGUCAGGCCAAAACUCUGGGAAAACAGUGGCUAUAAUCUUGGGGGGAGGAGUUGGAAUUGGAUUUGCUGUUAUUUUGUUGAUGUUUGCCAGAAAUUCUAUGAAGAAACGUGUUGGUAAAUCCCAUUUCAUAUGAGCAAAAAUCUCCA